GAUUAGGAAACCCCAGAAAACAAGUGUAUCUUUGGAAACCUUGGGUAUCAUCCAUAUCGCUCAGUUAAGGGACUUUUGAGAUUAAAUAUUACUUUGAUUUAAACAAACUCAGGAGCAAUUCAAAGUCAAGUGAACUUGUGAAUCAGGUGAGCACAAAAAGGCUGUAGUCAAGCGGCAAAUAACAGUCAUGGGAAUACUUUAUUCAGAGCCCAUUUGCCAGGCAGCUUAUAAUAAUGACUUCAAUGAAGUUCAACUGCUGUUGCAAGAGGAUAGCAAUUAUUUGAACAUUCAGGACAGCUUUGGUGGAGACACACCCCUAAUCUGUGCCUGCAAACAGGGACACAAUAGAAUAGUCAGUUAUCUUUUGAAAAGAAAUGCUGACAUCAACCUAAAAAAUAAGAAAGAGCGUACGUGCUUACAUUAUGCUGUGAAAAAACGAUUUAAUUUCCUUGACUACCUGCUCAUCAUCAUCCUAAUGCCUGUUUUACUCCUUGGAUAUCUCCUCAUGGUGUCAAAGAGUAAGCAGAAUGAAAACCUAAUUAAGAUGUUACUCAAAGCUGGCAUAGAUGUUAAUGCUACAGAUUACUCUGGUAGCACUGCCCUUCACUAUGCCUGUGAAAUGAAAAAUCAGUCAAUUGUUCCCCUACUACUCGAAGCCCAUGCAGACCCUUCAAUAAAGAAUCAGGAUGGAGAGACACCACUGGAUAUAGCAAGAAGGUUAAAGUUCACCAGCAUUGAAUAUAUGUUAAAGAAGGCCUCUUAGCCUUGAAUAGGAUGGCAUCAAGGUUGUUAGGCAUUCAAAAAUUACUUAACUUGUCAGUCCCUAUUACGCCAUACCAAGACUGCAAGGCAGGAUGUUUUAAGAUGUGACGUUUAUUGGAGACAUGUAUUGUAUCUAUUGGUUGCAGUCAAGUACACAUGUGGCUGUGUGUUCUGCCGUGUCUAGAAGAAGUUAACUUAUUUUCAUUCCAUUUUGACAGAAAAAUGAAUUUACCCCAAUUUUUAUUGCUUUAUUUACAUUAUCAUGAAAUUAAAAAGGUAUCUAUAUUCAUUUUUUAAAAUGUAAUGUCUGUGGAUGUCAUGA